GCACGGUCAAUCGCAGACACCGAUCCCGCAAGAAGAGCAAGAUAGAUCCGCAGCGCGACUCAGAUGGACUGCAGACUAGUUCUAUCGCAAACGCAAAUUUAGGAUAUCAUCUCCCGGGGAUAUCCUAUGAGAUCCCACAAACUGAGCCAUUGCAACUGGUGGGCUUCAAUCUGGGCAAUCUUCGGGCCUUCAACGGCAUGCCCUUUUUCUCCCCUGGUGGUCGAGAGUGGGUGCAGGCACGCACAGGGACGGAUAUCGUCUUCCCUGGCAGUCUGUCCAAGAUGCCUCGCUUGAACUACCUCGUUGACAAAAGCCCCAUCACCAUGCCAGAUCGUGCCGUGCUAGACAAUCGUUUGACAAUGUUCAAGUCGUCCAUGUUCAGGCAAUUAUUUCCGUUAUUAGAGGCAGAAAUAUUUCGGACGACGAUAUACAUGGCAUACAGCCAAUCACAUUCACCAAUGCCAUUGAAUAUUAUGAGUGCCAAGAUGUCUGUUUUUGCUUUUAUGGCUUAUACAUCGUCUUUGUUUCCGGGGGCAAAGGAAGCUGAAAACGGUGACUUCUAUGCCCUUGAAGCACAGAGGCUUCUUUCAGACCUUGUGCAUCAUCCGGCAACCAUAGAUGGAUUGCAGACUGCGUUGCUUCUGAUAUUGUACAGACAAUCCACGUUCGGUGAUCUUCCCUCCGUCGACGCACUAAUAUCCACUGCGUCUCGAUUUGUGUAUAGCUUAGGGGGUCAUAUAUCGCCUGGAUCACUGCAUAAUCCCCCUUCUAGACAUGAAUGGCACUGUCGGAACCUUUUCUGGAUUUGCCAUAAUAUUGACAGAAAAUUGUGUUUGCGAACUGGUCGACCACCAUGUAUCAACGACAGCUGCUGCGACCUUAGCCUGCCAGAACAUUACAUCGAUUCGAUAAAGAGAGAAUUGCCCCCUUCGCCAGGCUAUAGUGAGCCUAUAUUUCUGAUUGACAUUCGUUUAAGUUUGAUCGAGUCGCAUAUCUUCGUGGAGCUCUAUGCUCCCCCUGCCCGUGGCAAGUCGGACGCAGAGCUGUUAAGAACUAUUCGCAAUCUCGACACUAUGGUUGAAGAAUGGAAAGUGCUAGCUCUGAAGGACGAUCGGGAAACCUUACCUUUUGAGCAAAAGCAAGCUCAUGAUUCGCCCGACUUGCAAACAGCAGUCCUGAACAUGCAAUAUCUGUACUCCGUUGCAACUAUCCACCAGGCUACCACUGGAUGUCGCGCUUGGAUAGAGGAUCAAGGAUGCACUAUGGAAGGCGUGAAUUCCAGUCUUCUGAUAUCCGUCGAAGCAAGUCGCCAGUUACUGCGCCUGAUAAACACAUUACCUGCUUCCUCACUGGAGGGUGGAUUCUGGUUCUCUCUGUUUUUCUUUCUCUCCGCAGGGGUGGUGCUUUUCUGCAACAUACUAAACAGCCCAGAUUCUCCGAAUACACAAGGUGAUAUUUUGAUUCUCGAUGCACUUGCCGCGCACAUUCAAGAGGGCUCAGGACGACGCGCGUCCCCGCAGGCUCAGCCCAAGAUAGACAAUGCGGGACAAUUUGCAGCAGAGCUUGGGAAGCUGGCGAGAUGUGCUGUUCGCAAAGCUCAGAUGUACCGACAAUCUUAUUAA